GGGAGCAACCGGGAUAUUAAGUGUCAGCGCUGGAGGGAGAAAUACAAGCAGAGGAAUCCCGGGAAACUGGUUUUACCCCUCCGUCCGGUGCCGGCGGCAGGACGGCGGCUGUGGCGGCGCUCCUCCCUCGGCAAAGGCAUAUAAUGCCUGCCAUGGUCCCGGGAGCCGGCACUGCACGGCGGGAGGCGGGCAGGGGUGCCGGGAGCGAGCCAUGGCCUCCAUGGGCAUGCAGGUGCUGGGCAUCGCCCUCUCUGUCAUCGGCUGGUUGGCCUCCAUCCUCUGCUGCGCGCUGCCCAUGUGGCGGGAGACGGCCUUCGUGGGGAACAACAUCGUGGUGGCCCAGAUCAUCUGGGAAGGGCUGUGGAUGAGCUGCGUGGUGCAGAGCACGGGGCAGAUGCAGUGCAAGGUGUACGACUCGCUGCUGGGCCUGCCACAGGACCUGCAAGCCGCCCGUGCCAUGGUGGUGGUGGCCAUCGUCCUGGCCAUCCUGGGCACCCUGCUCGCCGUCGCCGGCGGCAAGUGCACAAACUGCGUGGAGGACGACACCGCCAAAGCCAGGGUCAUGAUCCUCUCGGGCAUCAUCUUCAUUGUGGCCGGCGUCCUCAUCCUUGUCCCCAUCUCUUGGUCGGCCAACAGCAUCGUCCAGGACUUCUACAACCCGCUGGUCGCCGACUCCCAGAAGCGGGACCUGGGCUCAUCCCUCUACAUUGGCUGGGCGGCCUCUGCUCUGCUGCUGCUGGGGGGGGGGAUCCUGUGCUGCACCUGCCCCCCCCGGGGGGAGAAGCCCUACUCUGCCAAGUUCACAGCCGCCCGCUCGCUGCCAGCCAGCAACUACGUGUAGGAGCCGCCGCUCCCGCCUGGACCCCCUGGCCAC